AGUUCAUUACUUGGGUCUGUGGGGUACAAGUAGUUGAAAUAGUUGGUGAAACCUGUGACGUUUUUGAAUAGGGAAGUGUGAUUGUUUAAGUCGCCGUUGAGGAGAUUAUCAAACAAUUGAAACGCCUUGACCCAAUCUUUGCUUUGGAUGUAUUUAAUUCCCUGGUCUUGAUACUGUUUCACAGUGGUCCUAACAUUUGAAUCAAUCAAACCAAUCUGAUACAAAUAAUCGGCGUAAUUAAGCUGGUGGACCGGAUCAGUCAAUCCAUUUCCAAUACUAAUCCCCUUCAAAUUAAUCUUCAACUUGGCUGUGGGGUUUUUCAUGUGAAUAGUAUAUGCAAUAGCUGGGGUAUAUUUUCCCCCAUAGGACUCUCCAGCUACGAAAAAAUCGUUCUUUUGCAACUCAGGAAACAGAAGGAAAAACUGUUGAAGCGCGUUGUACAAAUCAAGCCCCACUUGUGUCUCAUUUUGACUAUACCCGUUGUUGGUGAAACUGUACCCAGUCCCAGCGGGGUUAUCAAUAUAAAUCACGGAAUGUGUUUUAAUCCAGGCAUAUUUACGCAAUUUGAGACCAUGUUGUCUCAUCACGGCAAAAGGCCCAUUUUCGGCAAAUAAUCCAAUUAAAGAGGUGGCUCCUGGACCCCCUUGUAGCCACAGAACGACCGGAGAGUUCUCAUAGUCGGUUUGCGAAGGGAAAAACCAGAAAAAUAGAUUUGAAUUGUAAGGUUUGUUCACAGUUAAGUAUCCAGAGUAGCUUUUGAUGGUUUUGAAGCCAUUGAAAUAAACCUGAGAUGCGGUUAAAGCGUCUUGAAUCUUGCCUUGCUCAAUAAGUGGGGUUAGGAUUAGGGGUAACCCCGGAUUAUCACCAAUAGGUUCUUCCUUUAUGGGUACAUAAACGUUAGGGAAUGCGCCAGAUGAGAAAUUUAGCAAAAAGUUUAAUAAAACCAAGGUAAUUGUCCCACAAUUCAUUGUUCACUGGGCACAAAAUGCAACUGAAAUAUUGAAGGUUAUGUAACUGAGUUCAUUUUAAAUUUAUCAAUUCUACUCGUAUCACUUUAUUAAUUUGUUUAUGCAUACAUUGAUAUCACUACUUUUCAUUACAUUUUAUCUAAUGACCUGAAAAAAAUUUCGAUAGAAAAUCUUUCUGUUUCGGCUCAACAGUAUCCUUGAAAUAACUCAUAAACGUUCCUUUUUGUUUCCAGAAGUUCACCGUUUCCUUCAACUCCAUUUGGCCCUAAAACAACACCUUUGAACCCAAAUAACACAAUUAUUAAUUAUUUAUUACCUUCACAACCAGCAUAUCAAUUACACGAAUAUCUUUUAUGUGGUCAUUCUUUCUAAAUUCUUCUCGCAACUUGGCUUUUAAAUUAUCAACACUUUUGGGGAUAUCAUAUUGUUUCACUGUAAAAAAAUAUUUUAGUAAAAGUAAGGUUAUGUCAAGUUUCACUAAACCUAUGUAUGGUAUUUGGCGAUACCAAGCCUUGUACAAAUUUAAGACUCUUUGUCGAGCCUCAUGGGGAUCGGUGGAUAAAAUGGGCCUAACUUGUUUAGUUGCAGCCCUAACUGCUUGAGAUGACAUAACGGAAGAAUUUUUGUUAUGACAGUUGUGUAAUCAGAUGUGUCCCGAAAAGGUGAAAUCUUACAGUUUCGAACUUAUAAGGCAGUAAUUUCAAAUUAAAUUAAUUACAAUUGCGGAUUAAAAUAACACGUUUCGGUUUUACUAAAAUUCGUUAUGUGCUUGACUUUUGACUUCUUGACAGUUGUUGAUAAACUAACCUACAAAUAAGCAGAAAUCAAAGUAUAAUUUUUGUAACAAGUAAUUAAAGAACUGGGAAAAAGUAAAAACCGUUUAAAUGUCGGAGGAAAGUUACCCAAUGGACAACAUUCCAACUUUUGUUGCACUACCAGUGGACAAUUUGGAAAAUAACAUCCUCCAAAAACCAGAACAAUUUAGGAUAAUCAAAAAUGCCAUCAUCAAGAAAUUAUCUGAUGGUUCGCUAUGUCUUAUAGACGCAAAUGAGGUUAAUGAUGGGUUGCCACAAGUAACCUAUUUGCCCCCUGUCGAAAUCACGCCAGUGCCAAGCACCACUCCAGACAAGCCAUCAAUAACUGUAAAUAAUGAAGAAACUUCAACUAAACAAACAUACAAGUGUUCGAAAUGCAAAGAAGUGUUUGAAAAACUUGUUUUAUACCGAAAGCAUAUGAUAUGGCACCGAAGUAUUAAAAAAUUUAAAUGUGAAAAAUGUCCCGCAGGUUACAAUGUAGAAACAAAUUUAAAGAUUCACAUGGCCAUGCAUACUGAAGGAAAACCAACAUGUCCAAUUUGCCAUAUUUCAUUUCAAAGAUUGGCGAGUUUAAAGUCUCACUUGAUGUUGCACCAGGUCGAGGAAUUGUACACUUGUGAGGAAUGUGGGGCUGAAUUUGAAAAAGAAGAAGAACUAGAGAAACAUUAUCAUAGUCAUUUGGAAAAUAAUUCCAAAGAAAACAAUAAUUUAGUUUGUACUUACUGCAGUGUUCAAUUGGAUGAUCAUAAAAGUUACAAAGAGCAUAUUUCUCAUCAUGUAAAGGUGAAGAAGAUGGUCUUGUCGGGCAAAAAAACCCGCAAAACCCACGGCAAUAAGGAAUAUCCUCAUGUAUGCAACAUUUGUUCGAAAAGUUUUUCCCGAGUUUCACUCCUCGAGAGACACUCACGUGUCCACAGUGGCGAAAAACCGUUCGUCUGCCAAAUUUGCAAUCGAGGUUUCAACCAAAAAGGCACUCUGCAAAUUCAUUUUAGCAAACAUACUGGAAUUAAGCCGUUUCACUGUACAUUAUGUUCAGCGAAAUUCAGUCAAAAAGGCAAUCUGCGAGUACAUGUUGAAAAAACACAUACGGCACCUACGCCUGGUGUUAAAAUGUACAAAUGUUCGCAUUGUACUUGCAUUUUUAAGAAAAUUGCAUCGUUGAACGUCCACAUUACGAAAUUUCAUGCGAAUAGUGAAGAGUCAACGAGUAUUUCGCAUGUUAUGAGUCGGUUGAAAGAAUUGGAACAAGUUACUAUGGUGACUCCUGAAGCGGAUUCACAUAAGGAAGUUUUGAAUGAAAAUAAAGAAUGUGUGGAGAAUUCCAACACCAGUUUUGUGAGAUUAGCAGAAUCUUUUCUUGAUGGAACCAUUAGACAAUAUUUAGUUAUGCAAAAAAAAGUUAAUGAUGUUAGAUGGUAUAUUUGUAGUUACUGUGAGAAGGAGUUUAAAAAACCAUCGGAUCUGAUUAGACACACAAGGGUUCAUACGAGGGAAAAGCCAUUUACGUGUAACAAAUGUGGUGCUUCGUUUUCGUUGAAAGCUAGUCUUUUUUCACACAUUAAAACUCAUGGUGGUAACAAUAACUACAUUUGUUCUAUUUGUAUGAAAAAAUUUUCUUCGUUUCGGUCCUUCAACGCGCACUUGAGGAGGCAUCACGAGAAGUCACAGUAUAAAUGUUUAUCUUGCAACAAGAGUUUUAGUUCUAUUCAGAAAGCUAAACUACACAAUAGAGAAGUACAUAAUGAACCAUCUAAGAAAGACUCAUCGGAAAUUUUGCUGAAACAACCUUUAAUUAACACUCCUAACGGUUUAUUGCCAGUGGCACCACCGAAAUCUAAUUUGCAUCAUACAGCAAAUACAAAGCAAAUCCAGUGUCCGAUUUGUUGUGCCAGAUUUAGUAAAGUACCCAAUUUGAGACGUCAUAUGUUGCUUCAUAACGGCGGGAAGAAAUACAAAUGUGGUCAGUGUAUGAAGUCCUAUCAUACGGCUCAUGCAUUAAAGGAACAUUCGUUGUAUCAUUCUGGUAUAAAGAAUUUCGGCUGUAAAGUGUGUGGAAAGAAAUACACGACGGCUUCGUUGUUAAAGAGACAUGCCAUCAGCCAUAGUACGAACAAGCCUUAUAUUUGCCCAUAUUGUAGUAAAAAUUUCAAAAGUGUUAUGUUGUGUCGGAAACAUAUGAAUGUACACAAGAAAGAAAUUAACUUACAGAUUACUGCUCAGAACAGGACUAAUGAAACAAAAAACUUGGAUAUUUCUGAAAAAACAAAACUACUUGUUUUACCUGAUUCGGUUUCAAAUCCCGGUUUAUUAACAAAUAAUCAAGAUUCCAUCGAAAGUAGCACACAAAUCGAUACCAGUAAUCUCCAGUUAGUUACUCUACCAAAUGUAAAUCAGAUAGUGAAUCAAAUUGAUCAACAAUUAUAUGAAGUAACACCAAAUUCUAUCCAAAUAAUUACAAACUCUGACAAGGAUAUUGUGCAAGAUCCAAACCAAAUCCAAACAAUUUUCAUUAAUUGCGAUACUUUGCCACUAACCGAUAAUUUGUACUCAACGAACACAAAUUCAGUGUUGUUUGAUCCACUGAAUGAACUUCAAGGAACAAAUACUUUCAGUAUCAAUUCUCUCAAUGGAGGCUUUCAAACACAAGCCACGGAAACAUUUAAUCAAGUCGGCAACGAUAUGCAAACUAAUAGCAACUCAACUGAUAAAGUCACAAAUGAUAAUCUUCUAACUACCAACAUACCGUUAUAUCCACAGUCGGAACUAAAUCUACUGUUCAAUCUAGACACUGGAUUUGUUUCCAACAAUUGUGAUUUACCCGAUAUUAAUAUCAAUGAAGUGCCCGAUUUGAAUAUUGAACUAGCUAAGGAAAAUGAUGAAGCGAAGAGUCGUCCAAUGACAUGCGAAAAGUGUAGCAAGGUUUUCAGUAAUAAAAAAACGUUUUUGAAACAUGUUAGUAGUCACAAAGAAACGAAAAGGGUUGGAAGUGGUUUACACCAAUGCAGUUUCUGCGAAAAAAGUUUCAAGAAGCAUUCCGAUUUGACACGCCACAUUCGCACACAUACCGGGGAAAAACCUUUCGCUUGUGACAAGUGCGAAAAGAAGUUUUCUUUAAAAUCGACUCUGUUGUCGCAUCAACGCACACACAACCCGAUUAGUCAUAAACAGUUUAGUUGUGUCGUUUGUAACUCAUUUUUCACUUCGAAAUCUAGCCUCAAAGUUCACUUGAGCGUUCAUACAGGUGAUAAAAGUCAUAAAUGUAGUUUUUGUUCCGCUAAAUUCAGAACGGCUGCUCAUCGAAAAUCACACGAAAACAAUUCUCACUUGAAUCCUUCAAAGAAGAAAAUGAAAAACAAAGUUACGAACUUACUUGAGUCUGUAGCAAUGGAUGUUUUAAAUCAGUCGGAUCAGAUUGGUUUACAAAAUGAAGAAACAGGGGGCGAAUUGGAAAAUGUUCUAGUGGUGCAAGAGCCGUUGAAUCUUCUGAAUGAUUCUAAUCAGAAUCCAUUAACCGAAACAACUCAGCUUGAGCCGUUAAUUCUGCAACAGUUGCAGUCAAAUUUUUUGAUGCAAUACAAUUUAGUUUCAUCAUCUUUGAUUCAGUUAGACGAUGGAACAGUUGUUAAUUUUAAGACAGUUAAUACCGAUCAAGAAUUGUUACAAGAAACGACCAAUCCUAUUAGUGUACCAAACGAAAAACCGAGAAAUUUGGAAUGUGAUAUUUGUCAUAAGAAAUAUGCGUCGAAAGAUGUUUUAAGAAAGCAUAAAAAGAUCCACGGUAUGGAUAAAAAAUUCAGGUGUACGAAAUGUGAAAAGGGAUUUGAUACGGAGGAAGAGUUGGAGAGACAUAAAAGAAUCCAUGAGGGGUAUAGGCCCUAUUCGUGUUUUUAUUGUGCUAAUAGUUUUUCAAAAGAGCGUAAUUUAACAACGCAUUUAAAAAGGAUUCACAAUGUUUCUUUCAAAGAUAAUCUUUUAUUAUGUGAUCUUAAGUAGAAGUGUUUUAUUCUGUAAAAGAAGUAAUGACAGGAUAAUUGAAGAUGUACAUAAAAUGUUAUUUUAAUAAAUAAUUUAUAAAUAGA